UGCAUUUAAACCCGCAUCACAUCUUUACUCAUAAAUCCACUUGUCUUAUCCUUCGUCCUUCUCUAAACCCUCUUCUCUCAGGCUCCACGUUCAAGCCCCUGAACCCAGUGAAAAGACUAGAGAAAGGGAAGAACAGGAGCAGGAGGACAACUAUCAUGGGCAUACCCCAGCAGGUCCAGAGAGAGCUGGACCUGCACACUGGGUCUGCGUACCAAGUUCCUUCCAAGCUCCCGAACGGCUCUGGAGGACAAGGUAGUGGCAGCCAACCAGACGUGGUCGUCAUCCCCACCAUCGACGGAGAAACCCCUCUAGCCAACCACGAUGGAGCAAAGGUACAUGUCUCAGAACUGGCGGCAUCCAGAGAGGAGCAGCUGUUGAGACACCACCUCCAGUCUGUUUACAGGGACGACCAGGGCUUCAGCUACCACAGGGGACUGGACUCUCGUCUCUCCUCCACCCAGAGGCCCAAAUCUCUGGCCGUGCCGGGCACGACCUCGUCUUGCUCGGUUGGAUUCCCCAGCUUCCUCCUGGAGCCACUUGGUCCGGUGAUGUCCAUCUCUCCCCAGGCCACCUACCUGUCUAAGAUCAUCCCCAACGCCUACCUGCCGGCCUCCGUCGACGUCAUACAGAUUGACCGCAGAACCAGCCAUACCAAUGGAAACAAUGGGAAAGGAGCGGUCCACACCGUCAGCAAGAGUAGCCCGGCAUCUGUGUCGUCAGCAAGCCCCGCGUCCUCGAGGAGGUCGGGUGGCCAUGGUUGCUAUGACGGCGGCGAAGCCCUUUCCCAUGGUGACAGUAGUUCCCGUGACAACGGCUCUACGGCGACCACACGCUCAGUGACUUCGGGAUCCGGCUGGAGCCACUGCGCAGUCUUCCGAGAUGAUCAAGUCCAUCUCCUCCACGAAGGGAGCUUCGGACCUGCUAACCCACAGACAGUGAGCCUUGUUGGGCAGGAGAGACUGCUGCAGCAGCCUGGUGCUGGGGACCAGGACCUGGUGAGCCUACAAAGCUCAGCUAGCUGGGUCAGCAGCACCAGUAAGGUUACUGGUACUGCAACUGCUCAGGGGGGGCCUGAGUCGGAUCUAUCUGGGCCUGUCAGUGCUGGGGAGAUGAGCGAUGUUGGAGGAGACUCUCACAGAUUCUCUCGCAGUCUGUCGGUCAUGAAGACCAAGCUGCCCCCGGCUCCCCCCAGGAGAACCAACUCCCUGCACCAGGAGGAGAUGAUAAAGAGGCGACUGGUGGAGAUUAAAGACCUCAGUGACUCUGUGGGUGGUGAGACUGCGGAGGACACAAGCUUGGUUACUAUCGAGAUCUCUAAAGAGCUCUACAAAGAAAUCACAAAGCGCUCUAUCCCUGUAUCCAACUCAUCUGCGUUUAACUCUUUAAAUGGUACAAGAUCCUCCGCAGCCUCUAAUCCUCUGAGUCCCACACAGCACCCCCCUGAUGGUAGGCCAGGGUCCAGCAGCUCUUCCCCACAGAAAGCUCCCUCAGAGGGAGAUACAUUUGAAAAGACCAUGUCCCCCUCCAGUGGGUACUCAACGCAGAGUGGAACGCCGACACUCUCCCUCAAGGGGAUCUGCCCUUUCGCCUCGCCAGGUAAACACCAGAAGAUGCCGAUCAAACCGGAACGUUCCGGUUCAAGAGCUUCCUCCUCGGCAGCCUCUGUCUCGUCUUCCCUCAACUCCCUGUCUUCAGUCACAUCAGAACACGUCAAUCAAGAGGCUUCAAAAAGCAUCCCUAGCACACCCCAGCAGGCCUCCACACCUCCGCCUCUAAGGACAACAGAAAAGCCACCAACGGUGACCACGGUGACCCCGACCCGUUGCUCUGCAUCCAUGGCGAUCAGAGAGCUGCUUAACAUUCCGCCACCCCCCAACAUCAAAGCCCCUUCCCCGCCACCCCCGGAAACCUGGGCCCACAACAGACACACCUUCGAACUGCUGUGCGGUCCUUGCCCCAACGUCAACAGGCUAGCACAGCUCCAGAGGCAACAGGAACUAAAAGAUGAAGCUGACAUCAUUAAGCAAAAGCAGGAACCUCAAACUGAAGCUAGCAAAGAGUCUCAAGGCUCAGAUGAAAAGCAGGCUACCGUAGAGGAAGUCCCUUUGAUAAAAUCAGAAAGCAAAUACAUUGUUUCGAAAGAAGAAACUGAGCCUACGCUAGAGCAGGUGUCUGAGGUAUCCGAUUGUGUUAGUCAGGGAGUCGAGAGCACGGAAAGUCAAACGAAAGAAAAAGGAAGUCCGGAGAUGAUCGCAGAAGCAAGUGUAGAGGUCCAGAAGCAGAAGCAAAGCCAGGAGCAGAGUAGUAGUAGUAUUGUACAGGUCAAGGAUCAAGAAGAGAGUCUAGAGACACAAGUUAGUUUAGCGACGAUUCCAAAGAGGGAACCCCCUCCUGUCAUGAAGAAAAGUGCUCGUAGAAAAGAACCUGCAGUUCAAGUAACAACAGACAUUCAACAAAAGUUGCCAUUUGAUGAGGUCACAGUAGAGGAGAAGGUAGAAUCUCCCAGCGAGAGUGAGAAGUGUUCCCAACAGGCGGAGGUAGAGGUGGUAGCUAAGGAAGUUGAGGUUGAGGUAGUUGCUAAGGAAGUUGAAGUAGUAACUAAGGAGGUCGAAGGUCAGAGUGCUACUGAAAACACUACAGAGGAAAGUCCCACUAAACCAGAGUCAUUUACACAGACCAUUGCCAUGGAGCCUCCCAAAGUGGACAGGGUCUCUCCUCCAGCCUCCCCUCCCCCUGCCCACCACCCUCCUCCACCCCCUUCUAAGACACCUCCCUCCUUAGUGUCCACUCCCCCACUCGAGGUAGAGGAGGAGUGUGAGGAAGAGAUUCCCAUAGUAGAGCCCUGCUGGCCCCCUCCACCCCCACCAGCGGAGCCGGCAGAUUCAGUCUUUGAUGAGCCAGAUGAGAUGGACUUUCCACCUCCUCCCCCUCCCUUCAUGACGGAGAGCUUGCCAGAUGUAGUGGCGAGCUGUAACACAGUCACUGAUGUCCAGGAGGAGUCCAUUGUGGCUCUGGAUGUGGAGGAGGUUACGGAAACUGUGAAUGGAGCAACUGUGGCUGGGGAAACUGCAGAUCUGUCACCCAUUCUGGCUCAAAUGGAGAUGAAGGAGGAUAGACCUGAAGAGGUGAUUCUGAAUUCUAAUGCAACUGAUGAAACCAGCUCUGGGGUAUCUGAAUCAGCUGAGCUCCAAGCAAUUCCCACAAAUGAGUCAACUGUUGUUUCUCCAGUUCAGCCCAAUAAGAAAGAGGCAGAGGUCAAGCCAUCUGCCCAGCAGUCAAUAACAAUGCAGGAAACCAUAACUCAACCAACAGAAACUUCUCCUCAGUCACAUGAAGUCCUGGCUCUAUCAGAGGGUGUCCCUCCCUCACUCCAGGAGGCUCCUCCCCCACCACCAAUGAAAACAGCCUUGUUGCCCCCCUCAAGUAUCUCUCCUCCAUCUCUUAUCAGUGUCCCCCUCCCUUCGCCUGUACAAUUUGAAGAUCCGAUGCACUCUGAGCCUGCUGUGAGUGCCUUUGAGAACCAACCACCUGCCAGGAGACAGCUCAGCUUGGUGAACAGAGAGACCAGGAGCACAGAGCAUCUGUCUGGGCACAACAGUGCCUCCAUUCCCAAAGAAGACGCCAACAUUCCACUGGUCACACCCUCUCUGCUUCAAAUGGUACGUCUCAGAUCGGUCAACGUCAGUGAAGACCAGAUGAAAACGCCUUCCGACAACAACAAUAAUUACAACAAGGGGAAUCCACCUGCACACGAUCAGAGUCCAAUCCCUACCCAAACCCCUGGAUCCCAGAACACAACACCCCAAAAACCAAUCCGGAAAUCCCCAUCUAUAAAAUCCCCACCUCUGUCAUUGAAGUCAUCAUCACCGUCGAUAAUGGCCCCCUCCAUGCGCUUGCAGGAAGCCAUCCGCAUGAAGACAGCGGCCAUGUCUUCCAGAGAUGGUCUUCUAACGCGCUUUAGAAUGCCAUCCUCCACCUCAUUCCCCAGUAGCAGCGGUGGUGAAUAUGAGAUGUUAUCCCCAGUGUCACCAGAAGGGGGCGACAUGCUAAAGUCCCCCGCUUCCACGGCUAGCUUCAUCUUCUCCAGGAGCUCAAAGAAGGUCGUUAUAGAAACGCCUGUCGCCUCUUCCUCCCCUGAGAUGCAGGCGAGCCUUCAAAAGAACCGAGCCGCCGUGGUCAUGAAGGUUUCCGACCAAUCGACGGCUUCCACGGUCACUAACGGCAACGCUGGAAGAACCGGGAUUCCGAGGAGGGUUCCACCACCCGUGGCUAAGAAACCAGUUCUUCCAGCGUUGCCGUUAGCGACCUUGGAGAAGACUGUUUUUUCUAUAGUGACGGGUGGUUCUCAGAGUGAGAGGAGCACUCCGUCACCAAGGGGACCAGAAGCUAACGAGGAGACAGAGACGGUGCGACCUGCGGGCCAGAAAGCACUGACAGAGGACCACAAUACAGCAAGUAAAAUGGAGACGUCUAGCAUUGCAGAAGCACCGAUGAAGCCCUUGUGAAAAAAAAGACUGCUUUGUGUGGACUGAACUUUUGUGGAUUGGGACUAAGACGGAGGAACAAAGCACCGACUGCAAGACCCAGAGAGACAGAGAGAGAGAGAGAGAGAGAGACAGAGAG